AUGAUUCAAGAAUUAGCUAGUUUAUUAAAUCAAAAACUUAUUGUUUAUAAUUUAAAUCAACAAACAGAAUCAAGUGAUCUUGUUGGAGGAUUUAAACCAGUUCAAUUAAAAUUAUUAUGUCAUCCAUUAAGAAUUGAAUUUAUUGAAGAAUUUAAUAAAAUAUUUUCAAAAAAUUCUAAUGAAAAAUUUAUUAAUCAAUUAAAUAAUGCAUAUGAAAAACAAGAUUUUAAUAGAUUUUUAACUCUUAUUAUUAAAGCAUGUGAUAUGGCAGAUAAAAAAAUUAAAACAAUGGAAACAUCUAUUAGAGAACAUUGGAAUAAAAUAAAUAUUAAAGCAAGAAAAUAUAAAGAACAAAUAAAUAAUAAACAAAAUGGAUUUGCAUUUAGUUUUAUUGAAGGAGAUUUAAUUACAGCAUUAAGAAAUGGAUAUUGGAUUCUUCUUGAUGAAAUUAAUUUAGCAUCACAUGAUACAUUAGAAAGAAUAUCAGGAUUACUUGAUGGAGAAUCAAUUUUAUUAACUGAAAUAGGAGAUAUAACACCAAUUCCAAGACAUAAAAAUUUUAGAUUAUUUGCUAAUAUGAAUCCACCAACUGAUGUUGGAAAAAAAGAUUUAUCACCAGGAAUUAAAUCAAGAUUUCAUCCAAUUCAAUUUAAUGAAAUUAUUGAAAAAAAUGAUUUAAAAAUGUUAGUUAAUGAUUAUUUAAAUAGAAUUGGUAUUCAACCUCCAACUGAAAAAAUUGUUCAAUUUCAUUUAAAAGCAAAACAACUUGCACAUGAUGAAUUGUUUGAUGGAGCAGGACAAAGACCAUUAUUUUCAUUAAGAACACUUUGUUUAGCAUUACAAUAUAUUACAGAUGUAACUCCAUUUUUUGGAUUUGAAAGAGCACUUUAUGAAGGAAUUAAUAUGUCAUAUUUAACUCAAUUAAAUAGAAUAAGUUAUCCAAUAAUGGAAAAAUUAAUUAAUGAAACAUUUAAUAAAACAAAUAAUACUGGUAGUUUACCAAAAAAUAAAGAAUAUAUUAAUUAUGGAGGAUAUUUUAUUGAAAAAGGAAAUGAAGAAAUAAAAAUAGAUGAAAAAUAUAUUUUAACUGAAACAACAAAAAAAAGAUUAGAAAGUAUUUCAAGAAUUGUUAUGUCAAAAAGAUAUCCAAUAUUACUUCAAGGACCUACAUCUGCAGGUAAAACUAGUUUAGUUGAAUAUCUUGCAAAAGCAACAGGACAUAGAAUGGUUAGAGUUAAUAAUCAUGAACAAACAGAUGUUCAAGAAUAUCUUGGAAGUUAUAUUCCAACAGAAGAUGGUAAAUUAAUAUUUCAAGAAGGUAUUUUAGUAGAAGCAGUGAGAAAAGGAUAUUGGAUUGUUUUAGAUGAAUUAAAUUUAGCACCAUCUGAAGUAUUAGAAGCAUUAAAUAGAUUAUUAGAUUUUAAUAGAGAAUUAUAUAUUCCAGAAACUCAAGAAACAAUUAAACCACAUCCACAAUUUAUGUUAUUUGCAACUCAAAAUCCACCAAAUACAUAUGGAGGUAGAAAACAUUUAUCAAGAGCAUUUAGAAAUAGAUUUAUAGAAUUACAUUUUGAUGAAAUACCUGAAAAUGAACUUGAAAUAAUUAUUGAAAAAAGAUCAUUAAUUCCACCAACAUAUUGUAAAAAACUUGUUAAUAUUUUAAAAGAUUUAGAAAAACAAAGAAAUAUGACACAAUUUUUUGGAGGAAAACAUUCAUUUAUUACAUUAAGAGAAUUAUUUAAAUGGGCUGAUAGACAUGCAAAUAGUUAUGAAGAAUUAGCAAGAGAUGGAUAUUUUAUUUUAGCUGAAAAAAUGAGAAAUUUAAAUGAAAAACAAAUUAUUCAAGAAAUUUUAGAAAAAAAUUUAAAAGUUAAAUUAAAUUUUAAUACAAUUUAUAAUUGUAAUGAAUUUAAUAUUGCUAAAGAAAUUUGUAAAGAAAUUGUUUGGACACCUUCUAUGAGAAGAUUAUUUUGUUUAAUAAUUGAAUGUAUAAAACAUAAAGAACCUGUAUUAUUAAUUGGUGAAACUGGUUGUGGAAAAACAACUGUAUGUCAAAUUAUUGCUCAUAUAAUGAAUCAAAAACUUAAAAUUUUAAAUUGUCAUCAACAUACAGAAACAGCAGAUUUUAUUGGUGGAAUGAGACCAAUAAGAAAUAAAGAACAAAUUACAAUUAAAUUAUAUAAUUCAUUAAAAAAAUUAUUUAAUGAAGAAGAUGAAUCAUUAAAUAUUUUAUUAAAUAAAUAUUCUUUAAAUAAAAUAAAAAAUCAAGAAAUAGAUAAAUUAAUAUUAGAUUAUAGAACAUUAUUUAAAUGGUAUGAUGGACCAUUAAUUGAAGCAAUGAAAAAUGGAGAUAUGUUUUUAAUUGAUGAAAUUAAUAUGGCAGAAGAUUCUGUUUUAGAAAGAUUAAAUUCAGUAUUAGAACCAUCAAGAAUGAUGACAAUUGCAGAAAAAACAAGUAAUGAUAUUGAAGAAGUUAUUGCAAAUGAAAAUUUUAGAAUUUUUGGAACAAUGAAUCCAGGAGGAGAUUUUGGUAAAAGAGAACUUAGUCCUGCAAUGAGAAAUAGAUUUACUGAAAUUUAUGUUAAAUCAUUUGAAGCUGAAAGUGAUUUAUUAUUAAUUGUUGAACAAAAAAUUAAAAAAGAAGAAGAAAAAAAAUAUGCAAAAGGAAUUGUUAAUUUCCUUGUUUGGUCAGAACAAAAAUAUGGAAAAAAAGUAUCAGUUAGAAAUUGUCUUGCAUGGACAGAAUUUAUGAAUAAUUGUAAAAAAAUUCAAUCUUCACAACUUAAAUUUAUUCAUGGAGCACAUUUAGUUGUUAUUGAUUCAUUAAAAAAUGAAAUACCAAAUGUUAUUCAAGAUUGUAUAACAGCAUUAAAUAAUGCAUUAAUUCUUUGUGGAGAAAAUUUAAAUGAAGAAAGUAUUAAAGUUAUUACAGAAAUACCAAAAAUGAUUAUUAAAAAUAAUAGUAUUUGUAUAUCUGAUUUUAGUUUAGAAUCACCAACUAAUUCAUUAACUUUACAAAAAAAUUAUUGUAUUGAUGCUCCAACAACAACAUCAAAUAUUCUUCAUUUAUUUAGAGCUAUGACAUUACAUAAAGCAAUUUUAAUGGAAGGAUCACCAGGAGUAGGAAAAACAACAAUUAUUGAAAUGUUAGCAUCAAUGUUAAAUAUUCAAUUAUACAGAAUUAAUUUAAGUGAACAUACAGAUAUUUCAGAUUUACUUGGAACAGAUUUACCAUUAGAAGGAAAUUCAGGAGGAUUUGGUUGGUGUGAUGGAUUAUUAUUAAGAGCAAUGAAAAGUGGAAGUUGGGUAUUAUUAGAUGAAUUAAAUUUAGCAUCACAAAGUGUAUUAGAAGGAUUAAAUUCUUUAUUAGAUCAUCGUGCAACAAUAUUUAUUCCAGAAUUAAAUAUUGAAGUUAAAUGUCCACCAACAUUUAGAUUAUUUGCUUCACAAAAUCCAUUAGGAGAAGGUAGUGGAAGAAAAGGAUUACCUCAAUCAUUUUUAAAUAGAUUUACUGAAGUUUAUGUUAAUAAAAUGACUACAAAUGAUAUGGAAUAUAUUAUUAGAACAAUUUAUCCAAUAAUUCCACAACAAAUUGUUAAUACAUUAAUUCAAUUUAUUAAAAAGUUAGAAGAAAAUAUUUGUCAAAAGAAAUUAUUUGGUAGAAAAGGAAGUCCAUGGGAAUUUAAUUUAAGAGAUAUAUUAAGAUUUUGUAAAUUAUAUAUAGAAUAUAAUUCAAAUAUAGAAAAUGAAAUUCAUAAUGGAAUAUUAAAUACACUUACAUUUAUUUAUAAUACUAUUUUUGGAAAUAGAUUUAGAGAAAUAAAAGAUCGUAAUUAUGCAUUUGAAAUAUGGAAUUCUAGUAUUGGAACAUUAAAUAAAUUAAUUCAAGAAGAAAGGAAUGAUUAUUCUAUUACACAAGAAAAUUUUAGAAUUGGAGAAGUAGAAAUGGAAAGAAAAUAUUGUAUAGAAAAUAAAGUAGAAAUGAAUUAUUUAUUACCAAACCAAUUAAGUAUAAUGAAAGGAAUAAUGAAAGGAAUUAAUAAUGGAUGGUUAAUAUCUCUUAUUGGAGAUUCACAUUGUGGAAAGACAAGUAUUGUUAGAAAUAUUGCACAAUUAACUGGACAUAUUAUGAAAGAAUUUAGUAUGAAUACAAGUGUUGAUACAAUUGAUCUUAUUGGAGGAUAUGAACAAAUGGAUUUUGAAAGACAUAGAAGAAGUUUCUUACAAGAUAUUAAAGAUAUUAUGAUGGUUUGUAAUAAUAAAAAAGCAAAAGAAAUUUAUCAAAUGUUAAUUUGUUGUGUUAAAGCAAAAGAUUUGGAAAAUACAAGAAGAAAUUGUAUAUUUGAAGAUGUUGAAAUGAAAAUUAUCAAAGAAUUAAAUCAAUGUAUAAAUGAUGAAUUUCUUAAAGAAAAUAUAAAUCAUAUAGAAAUAUUACAACAAAAGAAAGCAAUUGGAUCAUUUGAAUGGGUUGAUGGAAUUGUAGUUAAAUGUAUGCAAAGAGGAUAUUGGUUAAUGAUGGAAAAUGUUAAUUUCUGUAAUCCAACCGUAUUGGAUAGAUUAAAUUCAUUAUUUGAACCAAAUGGAUAUUUAGUAUUAAAUGAACGAGGAGUAUCUUCUGAUGGAACACCAAUUAUCAUUAAACCUCAUAAAGAUUUUAGAGUAAUUUUCACAUCUAAUCCAAUAAAUGGUGAAAUAUCAAGAGCUAUGAGAAAUAGAGCAUUAGAAUUAUUUGUACCAUCAUUAGGUGAUAUUGAUAUUGAAAGAAUUCUUAUUGGAUUUAAUUUGUCUAUUGAAACUGUUAGAUUUAUGCUUAGUAUUCAUAAACAAUGUGAAAAUGUAAGUUUAUUACAUCUUAUAAGAUGGGGUAAAUAUGUUGGUAAUUAUGGAAUAGAAUCUCUUAAAGAAGGAUUUAAUAUAUUUUAUGUUACUAUUACUUCUGAUGAAAAAGAACAAGAAAGAAAACAAACUAUUUAUGAACAACAACAAAAACAAAAAGUCAAUAAUGAAGAUAUUAUCACUUAUAAUAUUUUAGCAAAUACUCAAAUAAAACAAAUGAAUCAAUUCAUUGAGAAUAUUUCUAUUGGUGUUUUACUUUCUAAAAUGAGUGUUAUUAUUCCAUAUAUCUAUACUCAAUUCAAAUAUGAUGGAAUGUCUACAGAAACAAAUGAACUUAAUGAUAUUUUAAUUGAGGUAUUAAAAUGUUAUCAAAAUGAAGAUAAAAUUGAAGGAAUUGAAAUUAUUUCUACUGUAAUACAAAUGAUUGAUGAAAAGGAAAGUAUACAAUUUAUUACUAUUUUACAACAUAUUAUUCCAAAUGAAAAAUUAAAUAUUUUAUUACAAAUUAAAUCAUUAAUAUCAACAAUUCCAAAUAAAUGGGUUAAAACAAUGAUGAUGUUUGUAUUAUUACUUAAGAAUUUAGAAGAAAAAGAAAAACAAAAUGAAAAUAGUAAUACAAUAAUAUCAAAAUCUUCAAGAAAAGUUGCUAAUGUAUAUUCUAAAUAUCUUAUACUUGAACAAUCUUAUUGUGAAUUCUUAAAUUCAAUUGAUAAAACUAUAGAUAAUAUUCAUGAACUAACUGAUCAACAAAUAUUUAGUUUAUUAAUAUUAAGAGUCUUAUUUUCAACUAUUGGAUUUUGUACAGAAAUUAAUAUUCAGAAAUAUAUUAUUCUUUGUGUAUUAUUAAGAUCAAUUCAUCCAAUAUAUAUUGAAAUGACCAAUGAAUUAUUUAAACAAUAUUGUGUUGAUGAAUCAUUAAUUGGUAGGUUAUGGUCUCAUUUCUCACAAGAAUUUUAUCCAAAACAUACUACAGAAUUUACUGAAUUAAUUCCAUCUAUCCAAAUGACAUAUAGUGAUAAUUCUGUUAAAACAUUAGCAUUAUUAUUUGAAUCAUGUUUUAAAGAUGAGGUUAAUACAAUACAACUUCCAGAACAACAAAAAGAAACUUAUUUAACGCCAUUGUAUAAUUUCUUAAAAAAUAUAAGUGUUAUUAAUGAUGUUGUAAAUAAUAAUGAAUCUACCUAUAAUCCAUUUGUAUAUUCCUAUCAAAACAAACAAAAGAAUGAUUCUAUUUAUACAAUUCCAUUAUUAUCUGAGUCUCUAGGAGCUUUAUGGAAAACUCUUCCAACGUUACCAUUCUUACCUAAAUCAAAUCAAUUAAAAGGAGUUUCAUUAUUAUAUCAAAGUGUUAUACCUAGAGCAAGAGCUUACUUUAUUUCUAAUGGAAUAUUAGAUGUUUUUAGUAUCCCAAUACAAAUAUCAUUAUUAAAAGAUAUUAAGAAUAUUUCAAUUAAUUCAAAUGGAGAUAUCAAUAGUAUUAUCAAUAAAUUUAUUAAAAUGAUACAAAUAUCAUUAGUUGAUAUAUUUAAUACUAUUACUAAUUCACAACAAUCACUUGAACAAUCAAUUCAAAUGGUUAGUCCAAAAUUAACAGAAUAUUAUAACAAUUCUAUUCAUCUUAUACAAGAAAAUAAUGAAAAACAAGAAGGAAUUAAUUUGUAUAGAUAUGGAUGUUUUAUUUAUAAUUGUUUUAUGAUACCAUGUAUUGAUCCAAUGGAAUAUCCAAAAUAUUUCAUUGAAGUUGCAAAUUCAAGAAUUAAAAUUGUUUCUAUUCAAAUGGAAACACUUAUUAAAACACGAGCAUUGAUAUUUGGUGUUGGAUUUGAAAUAUUUGAAAAGUUUUUAAAAACAAUGAAAGAUAAUAUUGAAAAGGAAAAAGAACAAUAUAGUAUCAAUAUUAAAGAAAGAAAUAGUGAUAUUCCAUAUGAACAAUUAUAUCAAGAAUUCAAAUUAUUUAUUACAUCAAAUGGAAAUUAUAAUAAAAUUAAUGAACUUUUUAUUUCUAUAGAAAAUAUUAAUGAUAUUAAUUCAUUAAUUGGAAUUAUAUCACAUGAAACUAUGUGGCAAGAACAAACUGAAUUCUUUAUUGAACAUAUUCAAAAAGAAUAUCCAUUAUUUAGAGAUAUUACAAUUCCAAUAAUAUUUGGAUUAUAUUUAUUAAAAACAGGAAUUAGAAUUGAAUUAUUUAAAAAGAUAUUAACAUAUUUAAGAAAUAAUAAUGCUGAAAAAAUAUUAAAAAGUGUUAUUGCAUUCCCAGUUAAUUCAGAUGAUAUUAAUGAAGAAGUAUCUUGUAUUGGAGAUUUUAUAUUACAACACAUAGAACAAAACAAUAAUUCAUUUAAUAAUAGUAUUCUUAAAAUUCUCUUUGUUAACAUGGAAAAAGGUUAUAAAGGAGAUAUUAAUGGUGCAAUCAAAACAACUGUUCCUUUAUUAAGAUUAAUGGUUGCAUUAAAAAAUGCAGAAGAUGAAGAAAAAAGAAAAAUUGAAGAAGAAGAAGCACAAAUAUUUAAAUAUAAAACAAAAACAAAUGAAUUAGCUAUUGAUGAAGAUAAAGAAGAGGAAGAAUAUCGAGAAGAAUUUCCAGAUUUCUUUACUGAUAUUCAAGAUUUAUUACAACAACAAUCACUUAAUAUUCCUAUUACUACUACACCAAUUAUUAAUGAUAAACCAAAAAAGAAAAAAGCAAGAAAUUGGAUUACAGAUGAAGAUAUUCAAUUUAUUCUUGGAUUUAUAGAGAAUAUAUUAAAUGAAAAAGAAAGUAAUCAAUUAUUUAAUGAAACAAUGGAAGAAAGAAAUGAAGUUUUCAAGAAUAUGUUAGCUGAAUAUUUUGAUAAUAAAGAUAUUCCAUUACCAAAAGAUUUUGAUUGGAUAUCAUCACCAUUUCAUACUAUCUUUAUACGUACAAAAACUGAAUUAAUAAUUCAUCCAAAAGAAGAAAAAUUAAUUGAUUUAAAUAAAGAUGGAUGUGUUCAUGAAAUUAUUGAAUUAAUGAAUGUACUUGAUCAAUUGUAUAAUCAUGUUAGUAAAUUAUUAGAAGAAUUUCCAGAAAAUGAAAUGCUUGUUAAAAUUAAUUCAAUUGUAGAUAGAAUACGAGGAUAUCCAAAGACUGCACCAUUAAUGAAAUAUUUAGUUACACUUCAUGUAUUAUUUGGAGAAUUACAAAAUUGGCAAAAUGUUGCUGCACAAUAUGUUUCAUUACAAGAAGAAAUGAAUCAUGUUGCAUUAAUUAUACAAAAAUGGAGAAGUUGGCAGUUAAAGAGUUGGAAUAAAAUAGCUGAUAAUAUUAUUGAGAAACAUAAAUGUAAUGCAAGAGGUUGGUUUGUUAAUGUGUGGAAAAUGGUUCAAGAAUAUAUUACUAAUGAAGGAAAUGAAGAAUAUGAACUUCAAUUUUUAGAAUCAAUGAAUCAAUUUGUUUAUAAAUGUAAUUAUGGUCAAUUUAAUGAAAGAAUUCAUUUAUUAGAAAUUCUUAUUAAAUUAACACAAAAAAUAUUUGAAAUUAAUAACAAUAAUCAAUGGAAUAAAGUUAAUAUAAUGUUCAUUCAAAUCAAAGAAUAUUAUUUAUUAUUUAAAACAAAAAUUAAUGAACAAAUAGAAUAUUCAAUUAAACCAAUUAUUGAAAAAAUUAAAGAUUUUAUUAAAUUAACAAAAUGGAAUGAUAUUAAUUAUGCUAAACUUCAAGAUCAAACAGAAAAAUCAAAUAGAAAAUUAUUUGCAUUUACAAAAGAAUUUGAUAAUUUAUUAAAAGAAAGUAUUCAACCAAUUGUACAAAGUGAAACAUUUGAAUCAAAUCCUAGUGAAAUAGAAAAAGUACAACCACCUGAAUUUACAUCAUUAGGAAUAUUAGAAAAAAUUAAUAAAGGAAAUGGAGAUAGAGUACAAGAAAUUAAAUAUUAUAUUAAUAAAAUUAAAAUUCUUCAUUCAAAAACAUUAAGAAAAUGUAUUGAAGAUAUUACUUUUAAAGAUAGAGAUGGAUUAAAAUGGUUAGAAUUAUUUGAAGAUGAAUUAAUAAAAAGAAUUAAAGAACUUCAAGAAACUAAAGGAAAAGAAGGACUUGUUUUAAAGAAAAGAGCAUUACUUGAUGUUAUUGAGAUGUUAGAAGGAUAUCAUUUAAGUCAUUCAAGAAAAACAGUUAAUUUAAAUGAUAUUUCAUUAGAAAUGGUAUUAAGAAAACCAUACAAAAUUGAAGGAAAUACUUCAUUAAUUCAAAAAAUUAAUGAAUAUCAUUUUAAGACAAUUAGUAAAUUCCAAUUAUUUAAUAAAGUAAAAAUUAAUGCUUCAAAUGAUCUUAAUGGAAAAGAAAUUGAAUAUACUCAAAAUUAUGUUAAUAAUCUCUAUGAUAUGUGUAUGAAACAAAGUAAUGAAAUUAGAAAAAUGCAAGAUUUUGUUAAUUAUUUAAAGAAAGUAUUAUCUAUUCUUAGUUAUGAAGAAGAAAAAUUUAGUAAAGUUAACCAUUUAACAUUACUUAAAAAUUAUGUAUUUUUGAGUAGAAUAGAAAAUGUAUUAGAAGAUAGUAUUCUUAUUGAAGAAAGUUUAACAGAGAAAUUUAAUAAAAUGAAAGAAAAUAUUCAAAAGAGUAGAAAUAUACUUAAAAAUAUAAUGAAAGAAACAUUAUUAGAAGGAAAUCAUUUUAUGACAAAUAAAAUGAUAGAAAAUAUUAAAUUAAUGACUAAAGAAGGACAAAAUAUGAUUUCUAUAAUUGAACAAGAAAUUAAAAAUAUUGGAUUCAAUAAUUCACAAAAUAUCUUAUUGAUUUUAAAAUCAUUAAAAGAAAUAGAUAUUACUAUUGAAGAAGAAUUUAGUUCUUCAAACAAAAUUAAUGAAAUGCUUGAAGAGUGUUUAAUUACUUGUCAAAUUUUAUUUAAAGCAUCCUCUCAAUUAAAUGAAGAAGAAAAUGAUUCAUUCCCAUCUAUUCAUUCAUUUAUUCUUGCUGGAAAUAAUAUUCAUAAUAAUCUUAAAGAAAUGAUUGAGAAUUGUUUAACAACAAAUACAAAAUAUAUGAAAGAAUUAUUAACAAACGUAGAGCAUGUCCUUGAAGAUCAUUAUAUUACUUCACUUCAUAUCCAUAAAUCAAUAAGAAAGUUUACUGUUAUGUGUCUUAAUACAUUUGGUACAUUAUAUAAAGAUGGAUUUUGUAAUCAACAAGAAAAAGAAGAUGAUAAUAAACAAGAAAAAGGAGAAGAAUUUACUACAGAUGGAGUUGGUAUGGCUGAAGGUAAAGGAAUAAAUGAUGUUAGUAAAGAAAUUAAAGAUCAAGAACAAUUAACUGGAUUAAAAGGAGAAAAACAACAAGAACAAAAUAAAGAUGAAAAACAAGAAAUGGAUAAAGGAUUUGAUAUGCAAGAUGAUUUUGAUGGAGAAGAAUAUGAUGAAGAACUAAAUGAAGAUGGUAACAAUAAAGAUCAAGAAGAAGAUGAUGACAGAGAUCAAACAAUGGGUGAUGUUGAUAAAGACAAAAGAGAAAUUGUUGAUGCUGAGAUGUGGGAUAAAGAAGAUAAUGAGAAAUCAAUGGAAGAAGAAAAUGCUAUUGGUAAAGGAAUGAAAGGUGAAGCAGAAGGUAUGGGAAGUGAAGAAGAAGGAGAUAUCAAAGAAGAAAAAGAAAAGAAGAAAGAGGAACACCAAGAACAAACAAUGGAAGAAGCCAAUGAUGAAAAAGAAGAGAAAGGUGAAGAACAACAAGAAGAAGGUCAAGAAGUAGAAGAAACUGAAAAACUUCAAACACUUCCUGGUAAAGAACAAAUUGAAGAAGACAACCAAGAAGAAAACAAUGAUGAUGAUGAAUUUAAAAUGGAUGAAGAAGGUGAAGAAAAUAUGUCAAUUGAAGAAGAAAAUAAUAAUGAAAAUGAAGAAGAACAAGGAGGUCAAUUUGAUAUUGAUGCAUUAAAUAAAUCAGAUGAAGAAGCAAAAAGUGUUGAAGAAGAAAAGGCAGAUGGAGAAAAUGAAGAUAUGGUAGAAACAAAAGAACUUGAACAAGAUCUUACUGGUGAUAUAAACCAAAACCAAGAUAAUGGAAAAGGUAAUAUGAAUGAAGAACAGAAGAAUACUGAAGAUAUUGAAGCAGAACAUACUCCAAUGGAUGCUUAUGGUGUUGAAGAAAACACUGGAAUGAAAAGUAAUGCUAAAAUUGAUUCAACUCAACAAAAGGAAGGAGAAGGAAGUGGAAAUAAUGAAGAAAAUAAUACAAAAGUUGGAGAAGGAGAAGGACAUGUUAAUGGAAAUUCAAAGAAAGAACAACAAGAACUCAGAAAAGUCCAACAAGAAAAGAAAGGAAAUGGUGAUAGCCAAAAUCAUAUUGAAGAUCUCACUAUGACAGAAGAACAAAAAGUUAUUGAUGGGCAGAAAAGUGGAGAUGAAAAAGAUGAGUAUGUUGUUGAUGAAACAGCUCAACAACAAACAAUAGCACCAGCUAAAGAAGAAAUGAAUAUUGAAAAGAUGGAAGAAGAAAAAAUUGGAGAAGGAGAAAAGAAGAAUAUGAUUGAAAAGAAAGAAAGAAAAGAAGAAGAGAUGAAAGAAAACCAACAAGUAGAUGGAAUAAUGGAAGAAGAUAUAAAUGAUGUUGUUGAAAAAGAAAAAGUUAAUGAACAAUAUAUAAGAGAAAGUAUUAUUAAAGAACCAACUGAGAAAAAUAACAUUUUUAAUGUUAAUUUUAAAGAAAAUACAAAUGAUAAAGAGAUAAUUAUUGAAGAAGGAGAGAAGAAACAACUAAUUGAUGAAAUUAAUGAAGAAAAGAUAAUUGAAAUAGAUGAAAGUGAAAGACAACAAUGGAGUAUUUAUGAAUCAAAAACAAAUCAAUCUGCUAUGGAAUUAUGUGAAAAAUUAAGAAUUGUGUUAGAACCAUCAUUAGCAAGUCAGAUGAAAGGAGAUUAUAGAACUGGAAAGAAAAUUAAUAUGAAGAAAGUAAUUCCAUACAUUGCUUCUGGAUUUAAAAAGGAUAAAAUUUGGCUUAGAAGAACAAGAGCACAAAAAAGAGAUUAUCAAAUAUUAGUUGCAAUAGAUGAUUCUCAAUCAAUGGUUAUAAAUAAUGCUGGAGAAAUGGCAUUAGAAACAAUUGCUUUAUUAUCUAGUGCUUUAACUAAAUUAGAAGUAGGAGAGUUAAGUGUUGUUAGAUUUGGAGAAGAUGUAAAAUGUGUUCAAAAGUUUGGAACUACAUUUAAUGAGGAAGAUGGAGCAAGAAUUGUUAAAGAAUUCCAAUUUAAUCAAAACAAUACUGAUAUGGUUAAAUUAAUGAAAUCUUUAUAUGUCUAUUUACAUGAAAGUGGACUUGUUUGUCAACGAUAUAAUCCUUCUAUUGAAUUGGAUGUAAAACAAAUUAUUUUUAUCCUCUCUGAUGGACGAUUCUCUGAUAAAAAUGGUAUUUCUAAAAUAUUAAGAGAUUUCUCUUCAAUGAAGACUUUUGUUGUUUUCAUUGUCUUAGAUAAUCCUUCUAAUGAAUCAAUUCUUGAAAUGAAGAGCGUUAACUUUGAAAAUGGAAAAGUUAAUGUAGAACAUUAUAUGGACACUUUCCCUUUCCCUCACUACAUCAUUCUUCAUGACUUAAACACUUUACCUAAUGUUUUAGCUGAAGCAUUGAGACAAUGGUUUGAAAUGACAACUCAAAACUAA